CAAGAUUUCGACUUAUAAUAGCAAAUUUAAGUUGUUUAUUUUUUUCAUUCGUUAAAUUGGAUGCAGUAGACUUUCACGAAAUGUGUUUUUGAACGUGGGUCAUUAGGUUCACAGGGAACUUAUCGGGUUUUGUUUGUCUUCGUCGUACACAUAAUCAAUGUAUUGAUUUACUCUAGAAAACUAAUCAGAUCAUGCAGUAAUUUAAAGAUGGGUCGGAAUUCAUCAAACUUCUCCCAGUGCUCUUUUGUCGAUAUUUUACCUAAAAUACGUUCAAAUCCUGCUUUUUGCUUCUUCCAGUUACCUGACAGACUAAAAUAACAUUUUUUUUGCAUUGAAAUCAAACCCAAAUACUGUAUGGCCCAACUUAACAUUAUAAAUGAAUCAUCAUGCUAUCUUAUUGUUGACAUACCAUAUUUUAAAGACUGUCAAGUUUAUUAAUAGUUCUGAUAACACAUUACUACUUCACAUUACUCUACCUAACAGCAAUCAUAAUCAUGAACAAGGUGCUAAAACAGCUACCACAUUUAUUUGUUCAUUCAAGUGAUGUUAUUAUUUUAGGUUGUUUUUACAGUCAUGAAUGCAUAGUUUUUACUUGGAUCUAGCCUUCAUUUUCAAAAGUUCCAUUGGAAUUUAGAAGUUCACAUUAUUUUCCUGACUAAAGCUCCAAAAUCCACACCACAUAGAGUUUUGUUUGUUAGUACCACACAGACACAAGAUUUGUUAUUUAAAAAAAUGUAAUACAAAAUGCAAAGCAAUAAAUAACGGCCUCGUUUCAAAGUGCUCCCCUCCGGCUUUAUAAGACAAUAAGUCUGUUGUCAAAGCCAGGACAUGACUUUUUGUUGCAGUCAAAAGAUCAUUAAAGUCUGUGUUUACCCAAAGGUUAACAGUCCUUCUUUUAAAGAUACACACACCUCAGACAUGGAUUUCAAGGUUGCUUUUUCAGCCUUGGAGGCCAUGUGUGAAGAAAACAUGUCUGCUUUCUGCGGACCUUCCAAUCACGCCGACGGUGCUGUUGCCCGGCGCUUGGUGGUUUGCAUGAAACAGAUUCAAGGACACGGUCGGGCCCUCGAGCCUAUGGUCGCCAGCUUCACUGCAGUUUGCCACCAUUAUGACUUUGACGCACAGACACCUGGAAAUGGGUAUCGCACCCUGAUCAAGGUGGUACAGGCAUGUCUUUUGCACAUCCUUCACAAGGGCCGCUACAUUGCCUCAAAUUACAAAAGCGCUUUCUUCAGAGCGCACCACAACGCCUCAGAGAUGGAGGCCUACUGCAGCGCCCUGUGCCAGCUGCGAGCGCUGCUCUACCUCGCCAAGCGGCUGAUCAACGACAAUGACUUUGGCCAACUGUACUCGCUGCAGGAUCUCGACCUGAGCCACAGAUAUGUGCAGGAAUACAGCUCACUGCACAAAGCCUGUUUCUAUGGCCGGUGCCUGGGCUUUCAGUUUUCACCAAGCCUUCGUCCGUUCCUCCAGACUAUUGUCAUAAGCAUGAUCUCUUACGGUGAGACUUAUGGUAAACAGCAGUCUGGACUGGGUUUGGCAGCCCUGUCUCUCCUCACAUCGGGAAAGUACGUCGUCGAUCCAGAGUUGCGUGGCGCGGAAUUUGAACGCAUUACUCAGAACCUGGACAUGCAGUUUUGGAAGUCCUUCUGGAACAUCACAGAGUCUGAGCUUUUAACAGGCUUCAGUAGAAUUGCCUCUCACCCUGUACAGUUGAACCUCACUCUUACAAUACCGCCUGUCCCAUUACGUCUCCCCCUGGCAUCAGACCCCAAUCUGUCUGCGACUGUGUCACCGCCGCUGGCCCACUGGGGUCCUGGGCCCGUCCAUAUGCGUCUGAUCUCCCACGAGAUUCGAGAAGGACAGGACAGUGAGGAGCUCCUGGCUUUCUCCCGUGGCGAUCCACCCUCUGUCUCUGCAUCCAAUCUCCCGUGGGUGCAGAAGCAACCCCUAUCCCCGUGGCUGCUCAUUCACUUCCACGGAGGAGGCUUUGUGGCUCAGACGUCCAGAUCACAUGAGAAUUAUCUGCGAAGCUGGUCGAAGGAGUUGAACGUUCCUGUCCUCUCCGUUGACUACUCUCUAUCUCCUGAAGCGCCCUUUCCUCGAGCGCUUGAGGAAUGUUUUUACGCUUACUGCUGGGCCUUGAAAAACUGCCACCUGCUUGGUUCGACAGCGGACCGCGUCUCUCUGGCAGGGGACAGCGCUGGGGGCAACCUGUGCAUUACUGUGUCCAUGAAGGCCAUGACCUGUGGUAUCCGGGUCCCUGACGGUAUUAUGGCCGCCUACCCUGCCACCUUGCUCACCACGGACGCCUCGCCCUCCCGCUUGCUCACGCUCAUUGACCCGCUGUUACCUUUGGGUGUUCUUGCGAAGUGCCUCAACGCCUAUGCAGGUGUAGACUCUCAGACCGUACAGCCCGCCGUGGGAGGCAGCAGUCUGACGGCUCUGGGGAGAGAGACCACCGCACUCCUCAGUGAUCUCGCUCAGGGAGCAACCAGCUGGAUCCAGUCCUUUCUGCAUCCCAUGUGGCCCACAAGUGGAGCCGGCUCGCGAGCGUCAAGACACAAAGACUCCCCAGGCGUGGACACGCAGAGGAAUUUGAGCUAUUCCUCACCGCCACACUCCCAUUGUCAUCUAGAUUACCCAGGGGGCUUUGAGCCCCUACGCUCCAAAUGCCUCGCGGUUGUUCAGCCGACCUCCUGCCCUAUCAUCAGGAACCCGUUUGUGUCACCGCUGCUGGCGCCUGACAGCCUCCUACGAGGCCUGCCCCCUGUUCACUUAGUGGCCUCUGCCCUUGACGCUUUACUGGACGACUCUGUGAUGUUUGCCAAGAAGCUGCGAGACAUGGGCCAGCCCGUCAGCUUGACGGUGGUGGAGGACCUUCCGCACGGCUUCCUCAGCCUUUCGCAGCUGUGCAAGGACACGGAGGUUGCGGCAGAAAUCUGCUUGGACAAAAUAAGGGAGAUCUUCCUGGAAAAAAGCACCCAAAACUGUUCUGACAAAGCUAGAAGAGAUAAAUGACACAUCGAUUCGUGAAUGAUGUUUUUGUAGGUGCAUUUCAUAAGUGGGGAAAGAAACAAUCUAUAGUUUUUUGCAGAGAGUUAAAUUUAAAUCCAUACCCAAUAGCGUCAGAAAAAUCUACUUAGAUUAAAAAUAAUAUAUAUACUAGUGGUUUUAUCAUCAGUGGCAACACAAUUUGUUGUGUUUCCCCCUUGUUUAUGUAAAAAAAAAAAAGAAUUGCAGACGCGGUUAAAUAGGGCACAAAACUUGCAGUUGAUGGAGUUUAUGUGCCUUUAAGAUGUGUAGUGUAUGUAAAGUACUGUAAUAAGACACUAGGUUUUCGAACAUUCCAAGAUGAAAGCUUUACUCGCGCACAAAACGGUUUACAGAUCUGCCGUUUCAUUAUACGUGAAUACUACUGUGGCCUUCACCUUGUAUUGCUCGUAAGUAUUCAGCGGUGCAUUUACUUGGUGUUAAUGUUUCUUAAUAUUUAUUACAGUGUAAUAUUUAAAGUC